AUGCUACGGGAUACGCUGCAUAAGGAAUAUCCCAAUAGUCAGUGGUUUCAAGCGGUAGUUCCUGUUAGCACCGAUAAUAGUGGAUCUCUAGUGUUUCGCGUCAUCUUCGGCCGAUCAGUUACGGUGUUCGCCCUAGACGCUGUAGUCACCACAAAAAGCGACAACAUCUUUCCAAGCCAUUUGCCCUGGGCAACGAAAUCGAUCACCUGCGAUUUCCGCGUUGAUCUCUGCGGCUGGACGAAUUAUCUUGACGGAGAUUUCAGCGUUGUCACAACCGAUAACAUAUCCUACGCCGCACUGCGGCAUCGUGGCACUCUUCUUCAUCCUGGCUACAAGAACCGCAGUGUCAAGCUCGGCAGUAUACCGAUCCGCUCACCGCUGCCGCUAAACACGACCCUGAGUUUUCGGUACUGGUUCAGCAAUACCGGGAUAGAGUUUCUUCGGGUUUUGGUAGCGGAACGAUACACAGCGGUCAUUGUAUGGGAAAUGGCUGCAGAAUCACAUAAUGUGGGACGUUGGCUAGCGGUCGAUCUGCCAUUAUGUCUACACGACGAUGUUUCCGUACAUUUCCUGGGAGCCAUCGAUAAGCAGGGCUCAGAGAUCCGAUUGGCUGAUAUUGUGUACCACGGAGAACUCAGCGGGAGUGCCGCUCGCGCGCAUGCCUGUACCGGGAUCGGGUGUACAUUUGACCAGUCUAUGUGUGGUUGGAGUAACCAGUACAGUGUGUCGUCCAGCAGCAGUGGUGCAGCCUACAGAUACAAUAUAGGGCGCGCAUAA